UGUCACCUGAUCACUUCUUGAGACCCGCAUGCUGCAACAAGGGUCGCGAUGAGGCUGUGGAUCCCAGCGCUGCUGCUGCUCUCGGGCGCAUGGCGCGGCUCGGCGGCCGAGCCCAGCGACAGCUUGCGAAGCGCCCUGGACGCCGUGGCGCGACGCCAGCGCCACCUGGCCGGUGGCGACGAGGGCUUGCUGCGAGCCUACCGCUACCUCGGCGCGACCAACAACUAUGUCCCUGAAGGUGUUGGGCAGCCAGAAGACAUUGGCUAUGGCUUCCAAAAGUCUGGUAUCAACAGCGGGGGAAUUUUCAACUUGCCAUCACACUUAACUGAGCCUAUGGAACCCGACAGAAACAUCGAUAACUUUGAUAGAGUGAUGUUGGGCACUGUGGAAAAUGUCGAGCUAGGUUAUCCCAAAAAUUCACCCUUUAGAGAGCUAGAGAAGAAGUCAUUUUUUAGAGAACAACAAGAUAAUGAAGACCAUGACCCGAGGCAUCUCAGUGAUUCUGUUGUAAGAAAACUGAAUCAUCACCAAGCGGAGCAAAUUGUGGACCCAGACGAGAAUGGCGAAUAUCUUAGGUUUCUGCAGUCAAUGUGGGGCAAAUAUAGACAAAAAAAUCAGGUCAUUGAAGAUGGCGACGACAUGACUGAAGAAGAAGUAGCUCGCAUACUGAAAUAUGUGAGGCAGCAUGGUAGUUCAAGACUGGAAGAGGAUGACAGUAUGAAACCAACGGCAUCGGAUCACUUUGCUCGACAAAAUAAUCAUGGUAUUGUGAACGAGUUUCUCAAUGGUCCGAGAGAUAUUAAAGGGUGGAGUGGUAAUAGGCACUAUAGAAAACGUUUUGAAGAAAACGAUGGUGAUAAUGGCGAAACGCAAAGAAAUAUAUUUAAUUAUUGGAAAUAUGGGCCACCCACUUUCAGCCGGGAGUAUAUCGGUGUUUUUGGUGGUGAAAGAGAUAGUGAUUCCCCUGAUGGUCGGGGUGAAGAUGAUGCUGGACUAAGUUCCAAAUAUAAGGCCCUUGGCCGUGAGCAGUGGCUCCCCUUAGAGAAAGAAGAAGGGUUCCCACAGUACAGUCCUCAAUCCGACAGGCCUAUGAAACGUAUGAACAGAAACCGUGAGUUAACUAAUUCACCAUAUGCUUUCUUGCAACCAGCUUACGGAUAUUCAACCAAUCGGAAACGAUUCCCAGUUACGAAACGAAGCCCAAGACUCUAUGCUUCACCCCCACUACUACACCACGAAAAACGUAUGGGUGUUGACAUUUAUGAUGCUUACAAGAAAUACAGCGACCAUGAAAAUGCAACAACAACAGAUCCUAAAGUGGUAAAAGAACUUAAUCAAAUUUUUUCAGCAGAUGAAAAUCCAAAAAAUGUACAGAACUAUGAAACAACAUAUGAAGAUGUGUUAGAAACCAAAAAAGUGGACAAGGAACAAAAACUCAUCACAGCGACAACAAUCAACAGUGCAUCUAACGAUAAAAGUAAGCACUCUAAAGAAAGUCAUAAAUCGAAUAACGAAAACCGCACAGAAGAUCACUCUGUGGUUUCACAGCAAGAUGAUGGACCCAUAGAGAUUAAAAAGAAGUCUAUUGACUGGUCAGAUUACUUCGGCAUCGACAGAAGGCGCAAAAAGCUUCAGCCCCAACAUGUCCAACAUGUUCCAGAUUAUGCUGAAAUUCCUUAUAAAUGGUGGAAAACAAUCUACGAAAAAAUGAUUGCUAAUCUUGGUUUUGAAGGAAAAGAAAAUAGCAAAACACUCAACCAGUAUAGCUACCCACUCAAGAGAAAUCAACUGUUUACACAACCUUUUGACACAAGGAAAUUCGAAACGGGUGAUUUUGCAAGUGAUUUACACAAAACCUCAUUUUCAAAGAAGAGCGAAAAAAAUGAUGAAGAUAGCACCGAGCCAUUAAAAAUUGAUAAAAUGGACAAGAAAAUAAAGUACAUUGAAGAUCUAAUACUAAACCAGGCCGUAAAAUACACCGGUGCUCAUGAAGAUGCUGCCGAUUCCAAGGAAAUUCAAAAUAUAAAAUCCAAUGUAAUGUCGCAGUUGGCAGCAGCAUACAGCCUUGAAAAAAUAAGGAAAGCACUGUCAGAAUUUAAGUCUAUUCUAGCUGCCCAGAAAGACUUAAAAAGUUACCCGGAAAAUGACAUAAACAUGGAUUUGGAAGAAGAAAAGAAUAACCUCAUGGUAAUGAAGAAGGGCAACGUUGCUGAAAAAGAAAGUGACAAAACCGAAAAGAACUUGAAGGUUGACGAAGAAAAUAUUGAAAAUUCGGUAAUCCAGCUUCUAGACCAACCAUUAUCAUUAUCUCAGUUGUCAGAAGGAUACAUGGGCGGGAGAAAUUCAGAUGAUAAAAUUGACUGUGCGAUUAUAAACAAACAACUUAACAAGUGUGAUAUACCUGAGGACUCUACUGACGACCAGAAGCAUUUGUAUGCUCCACUGUGCUGUUUGCGACAAAUGUGCUAUGCAUGUAGCCCACUGCUUGGGGAGUCACAGGCACGGUGUGAUGAACUGAUGAUGGAUGUUUGUGGCACUGAUGCAGCCUGCCUGGAGGAUGCUAGCCGCUGUGGCACUGCACUGGCAGGUCCAGGACAGUGUGAUUGCAUCGCCCGGUACUUCCUCAUAGAGUAUAUCUCGUGGAAGGCGCCAGUCAACCGUUAAUCUUAACCAGUUACGAAUGCUUUGAGAUUAGGUUACAGGCCUUAUGUCGCUACUUGCAUAUAACUGGUAGUUAGUUUAUGUUUCUGUGGUAUAAUUUAUGUGAACACUGCAUAUUGUAAUCAUUUAAAUUGUAUUGCUCCUUAUAUAAGAGCGGUUAUUUUGAAGGUCAGUAAUUAAUAAGGUUUUUUGUCAAAAAUAUUGUUAAAAUUUAAAAAUUUCUGGAAGAAAAUUACAUACUUAUUAUAGUUAAGAUUUUAAGUUAUUAUUUUGUUGGUGAAUAUAAUAUUUAUAAUUAUUGUGUAUCUGUUAAUUGAAUAAACUAAAUAUUUGUGGA